GAACUCACAGCCUUUUAGUUCCAGUUUACAUGGGAAGAUGGAGAAACGGCGGCGUUUAGUGGUGGUGCCAUGUCCGUACCAGGGCCACAUAAACCCAAUGCUCCAGCUGGCAAAUAUCCUCCGCCGCAACGGCUUCGCCAUAACCAUAGCCCACACCUUCUUCAACUCUCUUCGCCCAUGUCGUCACCCGGAGUUCUCCUUUGUCCGCCUCCGCGACGGCCUCCCUCUGAACGACGUGUCGUCAUGGGACCUGGCCUCGGUUCUGCUCGCCAUCAACCAGAACUGCGGAGCCAGCCUGGAGGAGGAGAUGGCGGCCUUGGGGGACCGAUCCGAUGCGGCCGUGUGUAUAAUACACGAUGAGCUCAUGUAUUUUUGUCAGGCAGUGGCCACUCGUUUUGGAGUGCGGAGUGUGGUGUUCAGGACCACGAGUGCGGCCACGUGCCUCACUCGGUGUGCGAUUCUGCAACUUCACCACCAGGCUCGGCUUCCUCCUCUUGAUCAAGGAUCCUCAGAAGAUGAGGUACCAGAGCUCCCUCAUAUAAGAUUUAGAGACUUGCCAUUACCAGCUGCAUCAGAUUUCUUCAAAUUUACACAAAUAAUUCUCAACAUGUACACCAUCACCACUGCUUCAGCUGUGAUAUGGAACACUAUGUCAUGGCUUGAACCAAAUGAACUCACCCAAAUCCAAACCAAACUUUGCAAAAUCCCCAUCUUCCCAAUUGCUCCAAUCCACAAGAUUGCCUCAUCUUCAACUUCAGCCUCAGCCUCUUCAAGUUUGCUCCAAGAAGACCCUAUUUGCCUGCCAUGGCUUGACAAACAACCUCCCAAGUCAGUCAUCUAUGUCAGCUUGGGCAGCCUAGCCAUGUUGACUCAGCAAGAGCUAGAGGAAAUGGCUUGGGGCCUGGCCGAGAGCGGGCAACCGUUCUUGUGGGUUAUUCGACCAGGGUCCGUUCGAGGCUCAGAUGGGAUUGGAUGCAUGCCAAAAGGGUUUCAGGAGAAGGUUGGAGAUAUAGGGUGCAUUGUGGAAUGGGCUCCCCAAAAGGAAGUGCUUGCCCAUAAAGCAGUUGGCGGGUUCUGGAGCCACUGUGGGUGGAACUCGACGCUUGAGAGCUUAAGUGAAGGCGUUCCAAUGUUGUGUAGGCCGUAUUCAGGAGAUCAAAAGGUGAAUGCGAGGUAUAUUAGUUGUGUGUGGAAGGUGGGCUUGACUUUGGAAGAUUGGUUGGAGAGGAAGGAAGUAGAAAGAGUGAUUAGAAGAGUGAUGGUGGAAGAAGACGGAAGGGAGAUGAGGGAAAGAGGCAUGGAUGUGAAGGGGCGAAUUGAAGAUAGUUUAAGGGAGCUGGAUGGGUCUUCCUCUUGUAACUUGAAACAACUCGUAGAUUUGAUAAUGUCUUUUAGUUUAACAUAAGAAAAAUAGUUUAGUGGCAAUAAGUCUUAUCGCUGACGGUAAAG